AUGCGGGGGCCUCUCCAGCUGCCCCCCGGCAGCCACUGUGCACAGCACUCUCUUCAGGCAGGGGCCCUCGGGGGGCCUCUCCUGCCACCGGACGCUGGCAGGUUUUCAGAUCCCACGGAGGGAAGGGCCGCCGGCGCCAGCCAAGCCAGAGACCUCGCCGCUCCCCUCCCGCUGAACUGCCCGGCCACCCGCGGAAGGCGCUGCGAGGGCGCAGCUCCUCCGCUCAAGCAGGACCGGCCCCCCUUGCCGCCUGCUCGCGGGGGCGCUGCCCUACGGCUGCCCCCGCGCGAGCCCCCCCGGGCCGGAGAGGGCGACGUCGCCCGCUCUCCCCUCCACGCUUCCCGGGAAGCGGGUGCCCCGCGGUACCUUAACGAGGCGCCCGUUCGCCGCCGGACUGACAGCAGCAACCGCGGGCGCCGGCCUCGCAGAGCCAGACACGCCUCCUGCUCACCGGCUCUUUCGGCCACUUCGAGCGGCGCGCCCAGCGCGGCCGUCGAGCGCGUCCCUCGCCGCGGCUGUCCGGAGACCCUGCCGCGCCGCAGGCCCUCUUGGCCGCGCCCGUCCAGCUGCAGCCCGCCGCCCGAACCCCCCGCGCCCCGGCCCGCCCGGCCCUCUGGCUCGGAGCUGGUAGAGCCAGAAGCCGCUGGCGGCGAGCGCGCACGAGGAGGGCUGCCCGAUCAGGCCAAGGGGACUCCCGGCCCAGCAUUCCCGCAGGGCAGCAGCGCCAUCAGGCCCAUGUUCCCCAGCGACUGGGCGCCCUUGCAGGGCACCGCGCCCAAGCACCCCCCGCACGCCAGCGCGCCUUCGCGUGCGCACACACCGGCCUAA